CGAGUCGCAAGGUUUCUCACAAAAUCGUCAGUGGCGAGCGAAAGUAUGCUGAAACCCGAGUUUAAACUGCCGUGAACAGCACUAUGUCGUGUCAGUUAGUGAAGAUAGCAGCAAUUAGUAACGUCGCCAGAGUCAAGUCCUACUUGUUUCCAAGCGGUCAAGAACAACAGGGAGACGACGCAGCAUCAAAGGCAGCCAUCGAUGCUUGGGAUUGGCCCUUGGAAAAUGAACAGCCGGCAGAAGCUAAGUCAGCCAAGGAGGAGGACAGGUGGCUGCAAGAUUGUGUUGUCGCGCUGUCAUCGACGGCCGAUGUUCUGGCACUGGCGAGGGAAAAUACAGUCGUGUUUCUCACGGCCAAGCAUGGUAUAUCUGAGAGGAACGACUGGAAGUACGAGGUGUCAUUCCACAGUCAGCUGCGCGCAGCAAACGGUGACUCUGUCUGUGCCAUGCUGUGCUUGCCAAUGAGCUCCCAGAAGAGGAGCUACCAGGGAGGACCUGACUGGACCUGCAUUGUGGUCGGCUUCAAAUCCGGCCAUGUCCACAUGUACACUGAGGAUGGGCGUUUGCUUCUGAACCAGCUGCUUCACGAGGAGCCCGUGCUGUCGCUGAAGUGCCAGACGUACGUGGCGCGUCGUUUCAGCGGUUUUGGAGAGCAGCAAGACGAAGUGCGGGUCACUUAUCCCCAUGCCAUCGUGUGCCUCGAGGGAUUCGGUUUGUUCCAAACACUUCGAGCUUGUCGGAAUCAGCUGGCUAGAGGUGGCGCUGGCAAUCAGGGUCCCACGGUGACUCCCCCGCCGUUGAGCUACAAAAAGUGGGGGCCCCAGGACAUACGUCAUGUGGGAGACUGUGAGGCCGUAGGAACCGUGGCUCCACGGCCGUUUGACCAGAUGGUGACAGAGUCGAUCCGCAAGGCCCACAGCGGCAUGAUGCGGUUCUCUGCUGCUGCCUCAAGCCUCAUUUGUGCAACGGGCACAGACCCGUACGUCGGCUUCUACUAUGCCAAGGAGGGCUUUGUUCAGCCGCACCUCACGGAUGUUGCUGUUGCAGUGGCAUCACGGGUGAAGACCUUCCUCGCUGACUCCCUUCUGGGCAAGCUCACCAAGACUCAGCAGGAGGAAGCCAAAGCCCCUCCGAUUGAACCUGCUUCCGGUGUACCGUUGCGGUGCGGCAUCUUCGACAAGCACCGUAAGGGCAUGCGAAUCUUCCUGUCCCCGAGCAAGCAGUUGGCCGCCGUCACCGACAGCGUCGGCAGGAUUGUUCUGUUCAACGUCUUCCAGAACACUGCAACACGCAUCUGGAAAGGCUACCGAGAUGCUGAGUGCGGCUGGGUUGAAGUGGAGGACAGUUCACCAGACACGGCGAUCAACGGAGUGCCGAGGAGAACGCAGUUCCUCAUUGUCUACGCACCGCGCUGGGGUGUUAUUGAGGUGUGGUGUCCUCAUCAGUCUUCGAGGGUGGCUGCUUUUGCAGUUGGAAAAGGUGGAAGGCUACUGUACAGCAACUACACACUAAUGGGCCUGAACAAUGUCCUGGUGAAGACUGUACGGCCAAACACCUACCCGUGCUGCUACAUGACCUCUGAGGGCAAGCUGUAUGCUGUGGCCGUUCCUUUUCAUCGUGUCCUCAGUGAACGCAGCCGCGCACGUGACUGGCAGCUUCUUAACGAGGUCCAGGUGCUGCUGAAGGAAGCCGAUCCACCGAUCGACGAGGCCCAGCUGGUGGCAAAGCUUGGCCGCCUUUUGCGGGACAUGAAAGCAGCCAACGUGCAGCAGCAGGCUCUGGAAAAGAUUGUCCAUAGCAGCAAGGCGUCGCAUUUCGUCGUUUCCACAGUACUCGAGGUGCUGGAACCAAGGUCUCAGGAACCACAAGCAUCGGAAGACGAAGAAGUCAGCUGCGACUUCGAUGCCGAGCUGUUGCACGAGACCUGCCGACGACUCCGGCAGCUUUGCCGCCUCCACAAGGCUGUAGACAAGUCGCAAGUCGAUGACAUUUACGAGCCAUCGUCGGAAGAUGUUUCACCAGAGGAGCUAGCAGACGAACUGUCCAUGCCACUCAAGAAAGUGUCACGUGUGUUGACGCACGUCUCGCGUUACCUGUCACUCUGGACAUCUAGCUCCAGCAAGCGGGUGACCUUUGGUGACGAGAACCCUGUUGCACUGCCUGUGUUCCUCGGCUACUUCGACAUUGGCGAUAGUCGUCGCUUGGCAAGGGAUCGAAAUGUUGAGUCUCCCCUGCCCGUGACGACCAAGGCAGAUGCCGACUGCAAGCAACUUGGACACCUUCUGUUCUCAAGAGCACUGGCAUCCAGCGGCUGUCAUCCAUUGCUCCUGGAAGCUCUGAGGAAGUCCGGGAUUGCACCAUCUUCACUAGUGCAAUCCCUCCUGCAAGAAUGGUUGUCAUCCACGUGGGCCAUGACCAACAAAAGGAGCUGGUGCCUGUUCAGUUCGCUCCUCAAGUCACUCGUGGAAAUGGCUGGAGAAGAAGCUCACUUCACAGCAUCAAUGACAAUGUCACCGUGGUGGCGGAGCAUUCGGACGGUGCUGGCCGCAUCAUCAAACGUUCCGGCAGCCUACAUCGGAGCAGCCAUUGUUGGCUAUGCGGCAAGAAGCUUUCUCCAGUUUCCAAGUCCACGAAAAGAUGAAGCUACCAAUGCUGCAGAAGAAGUGCCUCAGCCAACAGAAGAAAACGAAGGCACGGCACUACAAAAACUGUCGGGGGUGCAACUGCUUCCCUCCGGGGACCGUGAUGAUCCAGUCAUCAUCAACGAUGAGGGCGAAAUCGAGGAAGACAGCUGGGAGCCCGUGGUCAUCGAGUGUGAUCACUGGGAGUCUCUGCUGUGCAAGCUGGAGGACGUACUGGUGCUGGCGUCACUGCUGAGGCGCUCCUGCAAUCAGCGCCAGCUCUUCCCCGAGCACCGCGAAGUUUCCCUUUCCUCCCUCUUCGCAAAAGGCCAAGGCAUUAUCACUGAACUGGUGUCGGCAUGGGCCUGUGAUCUCGAAAUGACUCCUGACGACCUCCGGCGGCUCACGAAGCUGCCAUUUCCCACUGGGUCCGAGUCUCAGGAAGACGGCAUCGACUUGCAUUUUGUGCGGGCGAGACGACGAUUUGCUCGGUCCUUGGAGCUGGAUUCGUUGCUAGUCAACUGCGCCUCAGAGCAGCUGGUGCGGUGGGACCGGGACCGUGACCAGAUCGACAAGCUGGCCAAGGCUUCGGCUUUCCUCUCGGCCGUCUCCAGUAGCAUACUCAAGAAUGGUGUGGGCCUGAUCAUAUGGAAGACAUUCUUGCAAAAACGAUUCGAAGCAUUAGUUCUGCUAAUGGAAAAGAUGGGAAAGACACCCAAGGACCGCAUCUGUAGGAGAGAUGUGGAGAUCAGUGACAUUCACCUGGAGCCGUUUGUGCGGUUUUGCACAGAAGUAUUGGACGCAAUUGUUGACGCCUCUCUGGGCCCGGAAGCCGAGACCCUGCCAGUGCUGCCGCAGGGGGAGCCCCUGUGGGAAGGGGCCCCGCAGGACGCGUCGCGGCCGCAGUCGCUCGUGGCGCACGCACUCGGCCAGCGCGUGCCCAACAUGGCGUCGGUGCGGCACCACCAGCUCUUGGCCACCGUGGUCCAGGUCGUGGUGCUGUUUGGCAUGCGCUCAGUGCGGCCCCUGUCCCUCUUCACGCCCACGGUGCGCAAGGCGUUCUUUCAGGACUUGCACGCGCCACUCCUGGCACCAAGCGCCAGGACGUCGUCGUCACUCACGUCGUCACCGCAGCAGAGCUUCCUCCUGCGCGCCGCAUCAGCUGUGAUGCAGUCCCUGCCCGACAACCCGGAUAACAGUGUGCUUGGCUCGACCUUCGGCUGGAUGAACCGGCUACUCGACUUGGCCUGCAGCUGGGGCGAGGACCGAGACCUGGUGCGACGGCACUGCGUGUGCGAGCUCUAUUCGGCCGGCCACGACAUCCUCGCGCAGGAGGUGUCCUUGGCAGUCAAGGACAAGGCCCAGCUGGCCUCGUGCCUUCUGGUGAUCGCUGGGCAGCGCAUGCACCACCUGCUCUUCAUGAACGACGGCCACCGACCCAGCCAGAUGGCGCUGCUGUCGCCUCACAUCAGCACUUGGAUUCUGUCCCUGGACCUCAGCAACCUUCGUUGCUGCAAUCCGCCAACAAUGCAAACAAUGAACCUCCUUCAGAACAUAGUCAACAUGCUUCCGGAAGAUCACUCGGAACACCGACUGGCAUUAUCCUUGUUAGAUGUCCUGGAAUCCCUACCCAAGCCUUCUUAGCCACAAGCCAACGUUGUGUAGGCAACGUUCAUGUGAUAUCAGUUCAGGGUCUGCGGUGACAGCUGUGACUGACUCAACGUUCAGCUGGUUCCUUGAUGAAACCAACGUUUAGCUGUGGCACUGCGUCUAACUUGAUGAUGGCUGACAGGCCCCAUAGUGAAGACAUGGUGCGUGUUUGACCGGUGAACUUCCGACAGAUGAAUUUUCCACCUGAUUAAUUUUUGACAGGUGGACCUCUUAACAGGUGGAUUUUGUGUUGUGUCCUUUGACACUGAUUGUCUGCAAGCGAUGCACGUUCGUUGAACCGUUUUUAAUUUUCUGCGCACGUGAAGGCACCACCGUAGUUGCAAGUCAUAGAAGGCUUUAGUCUCAGAAGAUUAUUUGUUUAUCGUCUACGUCGUUUCAGAAGCUAUGUUGUGUUAACAGUCUUGUUUUAAAAUGCUGGGCCACAUGUAUAAACAAUGAAAUUAAUGACUGCAGCUCGUUUGCUGGCUUCUCUUAGUCUUUACUAAGCAGUGUCAGAAUGCUAAUCAUUCUUUGUGAUCACAUCAGAAGUGGCUUUCUGCUGAUCUUUAGUCUUGCCUAAGUGAUGCCAGACCUGCUGCGUUCCUCAUACCAGCUAACUUAGGGUGCUGAUUGUCAGCCAAUACUUCAGCACCUCAUAACCUGUGUCAGCCGUCUAGAUUGCGUGAUGGUGACAAUACUUACUUCUUCAGGUCAAUCAGUGCUCUUGACAAUGCUUGCGGUGAUGUCAGGAAUACUCCCUUUUAGCUGUCGGAGUACGGUGAUACUUGUGUCCAUAGCCGAGGUACUAAAUCACGUACUCGUCGACACAGGGGCAUGGUUAAUGUUCUUAGGCCCAGUGAUGUGUAAGCUGCUAGUCUGUCGAAUCCUUAGCUUUGUCAUGUUGAUAGGACAACUAAGGGUGAUUUUAACAUGUCAUAGUGCUAUGUCAUGGCAUCGGAGCUUGAAGUCUCAUUGUGUAUAUGAAACAGCAACUCCUCUUAGCACGCUUUAAGCACUGAUACAGAAGUAUUGAUGUGCAACUCUGAAAAGCUGGCAAAGGAAGUAAAUAUACAACAAAUAUGCACAGAUUAUGCACCACAUAACAUUGCCAAUGCCAGAGAUGCUGUUCUCAUGGUAACAGGGUGCCCUUUUCGCUGAGUUCCCUUACUGCUAGAGUCGUCGUGGAAUUUUAAAGUUUUGCUGACAAAAACUGCAUUGUGGUUGCAGUUUCCUUGGCAUUGAUGAAACGAUUGUCAGCUCCUGUACUUGUGUUUGAUCAAUUCCUCUAAAUUUCCCAAUUGUUGUUGGCCUGUCAACAGCAAGUCUGAGACCUAGCAGUCCUGUACGCCAAUGGCAGUGCAAGGGAUUCUAAGCAAGAGAUUCUACAUUCUAAGCUUGUUUAUUUUCACCGUAUUCUACGUCAAAAUUGGCUGUAAAAAAAAAAGAACGAAAGCAAGACUGGAAGAAUUAACUUUUGCAGACGUUUAGACAGUAUGUCUGUUUCAAAGUGUAAAAGGUGGUUUGCAGAUGUGCAGUCUUAGUCAGAAGUUUAGUAGCCUCCUCAUACAAGAAAAAAUCUUCAUCCAAGCGCUCUCGUGGGAGCUUGGGGCUUUGGAUUGGCUAAAGCUCUGCAGUUAGACAGUGGCUUCAAACUAUUUUAACAGACUAUAACAGUAUCUUAUGGCCAUAAAUUCAGCAUAUUUACUGUGUCAUCUCACUGUACAUAAUUUUAAAUGGCCAGAAUUUACAGCAGCAGCAGUAUUUGUGCUGCAUUGCAUAAACAGUUGAAGUGAGCUUACUUUUAGCUAAGAGCGUACAACAAUACGAGACAGCAAGGAAACAAAACAUUUAUUUCAUUACAUACUGAGAUUGCUUGUAAUUACAGAGCCUAGGGCAACUUCUUCCUCUAUGUCCGUGAUUUUGUCUGGACUUUGUCUUCUUGUUCUGUAAAGAAAAUAAAUGUACAAAGGGGUUUCUGAAUUAGCCACUUUUCGCGCUCAAGUCAAGUUGAAAGGGUUGAAUAUGCACUAUUUUCCUUAUUUGUUUGUCAAUGACAGUUGCAUGCACUUCUUGCAGAGACAUUUGUCGCCUAUUGUAGUGUCGAACCUCAACAUAGCGCAUUAUCGAAUGUCACAAAAUAAAUCUUUGUUCCUUUUUUUUC